AUGAGCGUACUGCUCCCCAAUAUGGCAGACUUCGACACUAUCUAUGAGCUAGAGGAGGAGGAGGAGGAGUCCGAGCCGGUGGUGAGGAGCCAGGAGCUGCCCCGGCCCCGAGACGCGCCAGACCCUGUGGCGGUACGGGGCGCCGGGCACAUCACCGUGUUUGGCUUGAGCAACAAAUUUGACACAGAAUUUCCCUCUGUCCUGACAGGAAAGGUUGCUCCAGAAGAAUUUAAGACUAGUAUCAGCCGUGUGAAUGCGUGUUUAAAGAAGAAUCUCCCUGUCAAUGUAAAAUGGCUGCUUUGUGGCUGUCUUUGCUGCUGCUGCACCCUGGGUUGCAGCCUGUGGCCGGUUAUCUGUCUUAAUAAAAGAACUAGAAGAUCAAUUCAGAAGUUGCUAGAAUGGGAAAAUAACAGACUAUAUCAUAAGCUUGGUUUGCACUGGAAGCUGAGUAAAAGGAAAUGUGAAACUAGCAAUAUGAUGGAAUAUGUAAUACUAAUAGAAUUCUUACCAAAAUAUCCCAUAUUUCGACCUGACUGAGGACCAGUAUUCAGUCUUUCGUGUUACCUGCCAUUUCCUACUCUUAGUGCCUUGUAGCUGAUUUUGGAAAGAAGAUGGUCUACUUUGCUGUGACUUAAAAAUGUUAUUUGGUAGAAUAUCUUCCUUGCUAUGUUAUUUUCUUUUGUUUAAGAAGAAAACAAUUUGCACAUUUUUUAUGUUAAAUGAGGCUUUUAUGUUGCACUCUGAAUUUUUAACAU